GAAGUUGGGUGUUUGACAGCUGAGACAGAAAAUAGAUCACAGGGACCGCUCUCAAAGAAACGAAUAAAUAAAGGAUAACUACUCAAUCAUCUGUACAAGCCUGUAACCCAAUACACUAUGUCAAGGCAAUCCAACCGAACCACAGACGGCAAGAAGAUGAACUCUGAGCUGUUCACUCUGACGUAUGGAGCCCUGGUAACCCAGCUGUGUAAGGACUACGAGAAUGACGAGGAGGUCAACAAACAGCUGGAUAAGAUGGGAUAUAAUAUCGGAGUGCGUCUCAUCGAAGACUUCCUGGCACGAUCCAGCAUUGGGAGGUGUCAGGAUUUCAGAGAAACGGCUGAUGUCAUCGCUAAGGUGGCGUUUAAGAUGUACCUGGGCAUCACCCCCAGUGUGACCAACUGGAGCCCAGCAGGGGAUGAGUUGUCCCUCAUCCUGGAGAGUAACCCCCUUGUGGACUUUGUAGAGCUGCCUGACAACCACAGCUCACUGGUCUACUCCAACCUGCUGUGUGGGGUACUCCGAGGAGCUCUGGAGAUGGUACAGAUGGCAGUGGAUGUGAAGUUUGCUCAGGACACCCUGAGAGGAGACAAUGUCACAGAGAUCCGCAUGAAGUUCAUCAAGAGGAUGGAGGAGAACCUUCCGGCCGGCGAUGAGUGAGAGAAACAGAGAGAGGGAGAAAGCACCACCCUCCACCACUCUUCUCUUCCUGCUCUCCAUCCAUCCUCAAUCUGAUGUCACUCAAGGCGGUACGGAGAGAGAGAGAGAAAGAGCGAGAGAGAGAGAGAUGUAUAAUGAUAAACCCUUGACUGAGAGACUGAAUGAAAAGAGAGAGCGAGAGUCAAGAAAUCAAGUCCUUGGGCGCGUCUGAAAUCCAUCUUCCUCUCCAUGUCUCCUUUCCUUCCUCUCCACUGGUCUAAAUACAAAGGUCUGACAGGUGGAAGUUAUAUGCGUUUUACCAUAUAUGAUGCAUUUUACAUCAGGAUGACUUGGCCGGUGACACUGCUUCUUAACAGUCCCAAUAUCUUGAAAAGUUGACUGCUGACAUGCAAAACACUGUGAGACUAUGUCAACAGUGAACUAAUGAAAACAAUAACAAAAGAUAGUUUGGAGUGGAAUUAACUUUGAAAUGCUUUAUAACUACCAGCGAUAGUAGUGCAAAUAAAGUAAAGGAGAGGUGGUUUUUGAGAUGUACCCAUAGAGAUGGGUAGAGGACUCAUCUUUGCCACUAUUGUGUCUGUGACGGCGCCAUUGAGGCUACAACCCAUAGGAAUCCCCAGCCAGUUGACUACUUUGAAAUGGCGGCAGCAUGGUGGAAGCCCUCAAUGACGCUGCCCAUGCUAAAACUGCCUUUUUGGCCACUAAAGGGCUCUAUCAUUCUCUACGGAUGCACCCUUCUGCAGAACUAUGACUCCUGACCUUCUGCUCAUCUGACCCUCAUCCCUCCCCCCUCCUCCCCCAACCAUUCAACGUUCAUCUCUGCUCCUUUGAUGAGGAACUCCUUGGAUACUUCAUCUCAUAUGUUAAUUUCUAGGGCCAGGAGUCUUACCAUAACGUUUUUUGAUUGACUUGCAAUUCUGUUAAGUUCAUAAAGUCAAAGUUGAUGGUCUCUUGUGUUUUACACGUUGAUAAAAACAUAUAUAUAUAUA